AUGUGGUUCAAGGUUCUCCCUGGAAUUGCUGUCAUGGCAACGUGUUUGUUCAUCCCCAGAGUGGCCGCUGCGCACAUCCACAAAUUCAGUAACAGGGGAAAGGAGAAAAGGAUUGAACAUUUUCUGUAUCAGUGGAGUUUGAUGGAAAGAGAUAGGCGGGUCUCUGGGGUGAAUUGUUAUCAUGUAUCAAAGGGCUUGGAGAACAUUGACUAA